AUGUCAAAAGAUGAUCGGCACAUAUCGGGAUUUAACAAUACAAUAACUUAUCAACAAGAUGCCGGCACGACUGAUGCAACGACGAACAGGAUAGCUCUCACCGAACAAUCAUCCCUUCUCCAUCAUCAGGAAAAUAAUAAUUUAAAUAAUAAUCGUGAUGAUGAUGAGGAAAAUCACACUUUGGAAGGCUUUGAAAAUUCAAAUCACAUCGAGGAUGAUAAUGAGAAUUAUUUAAAUAAUUACUUUACCCAAUCAAUUUCUAAACAUUAUAGGAAAACUCUCUACUCUCAAUGUUUUGCCUUGAUUUUGAAUAGGAGAAUUGAAAAUGUUGCCUCCUUUAUGUGUUCGAUUGUUUUGGCAGUAGCUUUGGCCAUGAUUGCGUCGACACUCUCGGCCACUCACACAAUGAUUGAAGAUGCCGACUGUACUGCUGCAUUACAAGUGAAGGAGAUGUGUAAGGUGUGGAGUAGUGAAUUGAACUGUACGAGAUAUGAUGGACAAGAGUUGAGGAUUGGUGGAUAUGUAUUUGAUGAGAGUUCUCUCUUUUAUGCCAACGUAAAUAGGAGCAAAUCGAUGGGAAGGUGGUACCAGCGAAAUAGUAUUGCAUUGGCUUGUCCUGUUUUGUGUAGUUCGGAUAAUGUAACUUGGAGUUAUAAGGAUUGUGAAAAUGUGGAAAAUCAAACACUCAUUGAUAAUGUUUGUUUAAAGUUCGAUUCAGUCUUUUGCUCUGCGAACAUGUUGGUAGAAGAAACGAUAUUUUCAGUAUUUGCCAAAUUGAAGGACAGUAGCUUUGAUGUAUGGUUAUCUUUUGCACCACUUCAAUCACCAAUUGUAAUUUUAUUGUUGAAGGCAUUCAUGUCUAUUCCUUCAAGUAUUUUCAAAAUUGAUCAUAUGCUGUAUAUUUUGGUACCAUUCUUCAUGUCUUGGAUUGCUGUCAAGGCGAGAAUUCUUGCCAUUUUGGGAGUUUAUAAUGUGGCUGAAGAGGCUGUGCCUUUUAUAUUCUCAAUUAUUUUACAAUUAUUGUCUGAUAUUAUAUUCCCCUUCUUUGGAGCUUUUUUUGAAACCAUUGGUCACAUGUUGGGAAAAUUAGGAAGCAAGAUUGCUCAAUCAUGUAAACCACCAAAAGAAGACGAUUGUUGUUACUGCUGUGUGAAUUGUCCACCAUGCCCAACUUGUCAUUUUGGAUUAAUUGAAUAUUUCAAUACGGAUAUUUCUAUUGCUGAUUAUAUUUUCCCAGAUAGAAAAGGAAGGUAUUAUACCAUGUUUUCAAUUUGGUUUGGAACUCACAAAGAAAAUGAAAUACCAACGUCAAAGGAUUACGGAUACAUUGGAGGAUGGAGAAUAUUCAUUGGAAUUGUUAUUGUGAUGGUUUGCAUUCUUGCCAUGACCAUCAUUGUGAUUAUCAACAACUUUUUCCCAAUUCUGAGUCAUGAACGAAUUAUGAUUGUCUAUUUCUUUUUAUUUUACUCUGUUUUACAUCAUUCUUAUGGAUUUAUCAGCGUCAUUCUCUACUUGAUUCACAUGAAAAGAGGAAAGAAUAUGUAUAUUAGGGUCGUAUUUUUACUGGUUAGAGUAAUUGGAUUAUUCUUGAUUAUUGGAACAAUGUUUCACUUUGCAUUUAUUGAAUUUUUCCCUUAUACUUGGUAA